AUGGGAAGGGCUUAUAAGGCGAAUUCUCCUAGAAUAAGGUCAAGGUCACGAAGCCGUGGAAGGACUGAAACCAAAAACCCUGGAAAUACUCUUUAUGUGACUAGCCUAUCUACAAGGGUCACAGAAAGGGAGCUUGAAGGCCAUUUCUCCAAGGAGGGAAAGGUUGCUUCGUGCUUUCUUGUGGUGGAGCCCCGAACUCGUGUGUCUCGUGGUUUUGCCUUUGUUACAAUGGAUAGCUAUGAAGAUGCUGACCGCUGCAUCAAGUACCUCAACCAGUCUGUUCUGGAGGGCAGAUAUAUAACUGUUGAAAGGUCGCGGAGAAAGCGCCCAAGAACUCCCACACCAGGGUCACCAAGACAGUCUCCUUUAAGAGGAAGGCAUGACUAUUCACCACCACAUCGUGGAGAAAAGUCAAGGAGAGAUCGGUCAUACUCUCUUUAUGAGAGUCCAGACCGGAGAAGAUACAACCAUGGCUCAAGGUGA